AUGGAUGAAGAUCCAACUCCCAGAGCCACUAGGCAUCUCACAAGGUUAUCAAGAAGGCAAGAAAUUGAAGCACACCCAGACUUUGGAAACAUAAAACCCAUGAAGUUCUUUGAAAAAUCUGAAGGCCCAAACACCUCCAGAACUUUACCGUUACACAGCACCCCACAUCGAACGCUUCUAAGUCCAUCCUUUGAAAUACCCAGAAAUGAAGAAAGCGGUGGAUCAACUCGCAGAAAUAGGAAUACAGACAAUGAAAGAAUCAGAGAAUUAGAAGACGCAGUGAGCAAUCUCAGAGAACUACUAAGGACACAAGCCAGAAUAGAUACAGCAAGAAACUGGCAAAGAGAUACAGAUAACGUUCAAAGAAACAACAGCUCACACUAUCUUCCCAGAAUUGAUAUCCCCACGUUUAACGGUAGAAGAGAAGACUUUCCUCGAUUUUGGGAAGCCUUCAACAGAAUAAUAGACUCUCAACAAUGGUCAGACAUUGAGAAGUUCAGCUAUCUCAUCACCAAACUAGAGGGCAGCGCGUCAACUGCUAUUAAAAUGAUCCCAAUAACCGAAGCAGGCUACCCAGUGGCCAAAGCAAAAUUAGAAGCUACCUAUCUCA